AUGUCGGCCUACACAACAAACGGCACCGGUCAGGAGACCGAGAAGAUCAACACCAACAUCGUCACCUUGACCCGCUUUCUUACGGAAGAGCAGGCCAAGCACAAGGAGGCCACCGGAGAUUUCACUCUUCUGUGUCAUGCGCUGCAAUUUUCCUUCAAGUCCAUCGCAUACUACAUUCGUCGAGCUACCCUGGUCAACCUGACGGGUCUGGCCGGUUCCUCCAAUACCACCGGCGAUGACCAGAAGAAGCUCGAUGUCAUCUCCAACGAUCUCUUCAUCGAAGCCAUGAGGUCCUCUGGAAAGUGCGCUCUGCUGGUGUCGGAAGAGGAGGAGGAUGUCAUUUUCUUCAAGGACGCCACCGGUGCCCGCUACGCCGUCGCCUGUGACCCCAUUGACGGCAGCUCCAACUUGGACGCUGGUGUGUCAGUCGGCACCAUCUUCGGCAUUCACAAGCUGCCUGAUGGCUCCACUGGAACCAAGGAAGACAUCUUGAAGCCCGGCACCGAGCUCCUGGCCGCUGGCUUCACCAUGUACGGCGCCUCGGCUCAGCUUGUCAUUACCAUGAGGGGUGGUACCGUCAACGGCUUCACCCUUGACAACGGCGUCGGCGAAUUUAUCCUAACCCACCCCGACAUGCGUCUACCCAAGGCCCGCGCCAUUUACUCGGUCAACGAGGGUAACUCGCUCUACUGGGAGGACAGUACCAACAACUACUUCAACUCGCUCAAAACCCCGCAAGAGAACGGCAAGCCGUAUAGCGCACGUUACAUCGGUUCCAUGGUGGCUGAUGCGUACCGCACGCUGUUGUACGGUGGCGUGUUCGCCUAUCCGGCGGACAAAAAGAGCCCCAAGGGCAAGCUCCGUAUCCUGUACGAGUGUGCGCCCAUGGCUCUGGUGUUUGAGAACGCUGGUGGUCAGGCCGUAGACAGCCAAAUGAGGAGGAUGCUGGAGGUGGUGCCUGAGCAUAUUCACGACCGGGCCGGUAUCUUUAUGGGCAGCUUCGACGAGGUCGAGAAGGUCAAGAAGUUCCAUCAGUAA